AUGACCAGAGGGCCGAAACGAUUGAUGACUUAUCUGCGAAGAGUGAAGGUGAAUCAGACAGACCGCGACGCGACGCGCAUCGCGUCUUCAUGCCCCAAAUACAGGUAUUCUGGUCGAGAAAGACACGGCGGCAGUCGUCGCUUGUUUGUUCUCAGACGGUCACUUUUGCCGCGCGAUCCGAACUCCAAAAACAAAGAAAAAGUCCGUUCCGGAGCGAGUCCAAACCAAAAGCAUGGCAACAACAAGCCUUUGAGAAAUGAGUCACUUCCAACGAGUUCAUUUUUUGGAGGUUAUCGGAUCCGAUCUGUCACGACCUUCCGUUCGCUCUCAAUCAAAUUAUACCAGAUCAGCGGAGACGUCAUUUUUUUUUUUACUUCCUUGAACGAACCCGUUCAGCGUUCUCAAUAGAUCAGGUCCGACUUCGAAGUUUGAGAUUAAUCGACAUUUGAACUUUUACUAACUUACUUACUUACUUACUUAGAUACUUAGAUGGUCCAUCUUCGCUUUCGACAUUUUAUUGCCUUUUAGUGCCUUUUAUUGAUCGAAGCGUGGACCACACGUUUUCCAGGAGAUCUUAUGCAAUCGGUCAUCCAGUGUUGUCGUCCUGGUUGACUGCUAUUCUUGCGAAAAAAAUCCAUCCGUGGUGUUGAACGUGUUAUAGCAUAAUUGUGGUCUUAUUAUCCUUUUUGCCUUGCCAGGGCUAAAAAAGACCGCCCAUUCUGUUAGCAGAAGCAAGCCGAAUUGCGUGACCGGUGUACUAAUCUCCGAGAAAAAAUAAUUUUUCGAGGAUUCGAAGUUCCCAUAGCUUUUUCUAAAAUUUUUCAGUUUCCGUAGAAAGAUGACGAUACGUGGUGGCCCAGGCCUGAUAUCGUCGAUUUUAUGGAGCCGUGCGAUAAGACCUACACUCUUUACAGACUGCCAUGCUUCUCCUGCGCUCUCUUGCACGUAAGAAAUUUCAGUUUUGAAGUAUCUGGAUCAAAAUUUGCGGUUCGCUUUCCGAUACGGCAUUCGGUUCAAACAGCCUCUAGCGGAUAGGUUCUCUUACAAUCAAAUCGCCAAAAUUUCAGUUAGAUUUUGAAUUCAUUCACAGCUGGAGAAAUCACACCAGCAAAGAGAUCAGCUUCUUUCCGAGCUCUAACCAGAUUAUGGUUUUUUAGUAAUUGAUAUUUUUUUGGUAUCGACUAACUAAAUAUAUAUAUAUAUAUAUAUAUUUAGUUAGUCGAUACCAAAAAAGGCCUUUUCGAUUUAUUUCGAACCCAUAAAAAUUUCGAUGGAAAAAACGUUCUUAUUUGGUCGGUUUACAAUCGGCUCAAAAAAGUCAUUGAAAACAAUGUACUGCUUCUCAAAAUGGAUUGAUGAUGAACCUGAGCGCUUGCAGUAACGUGCGUCUUAAUCCUGGCCGUAGCCGGUCAGGACCUGUCCUGCAGGGAUCCGCAAUUCCUCGCUUGCCAGUACACCCUUGCCCAGCAAGUCGGACUCAAUGACACUGUUUCCUCCCAACUUUUCAAGGUUUCUGGACAAUACCAGCUUUUUCCAACCAGCUUUCUGUAGGACUACACCAUCAUGUACAACUACUUCUUGUACAUGUACGGCAGGAACCCUGGCACGACGGCCGAUAUGGUCCAAGUCUGCAAGUGAGUCUGGGUUCCCUCUUCUUUUCUCAACUUUGCUCUCAGUGCCUUGGAAACGUUCAACGCGUGUAUGUACGGUAACCGAGGAUGUCUGGAUAUUUCGAAUCUUUUGAAGAAAACCGAUCUCAUUAAUGUAACAUUCUUAAUCCUCUUCAAAACUUUUUUUUCAUGUUCAGGCCUAUUUUUCUGAUGGAACGAUGGCUCAGUACGCAGGCUUCAACUGUGGACCCGGCGUGAACAGUCAGUUUUUUUCCAAGGCUUUUUUUUUUUCAAAUUCAUUCAAAUACUCAAAUGAAUCACGUUUAUUCCAGCGUUGCUGCACGAAGGUCUGGGAUGUGCGCAGAGAGUCAUGAAAAACUAUCAGAACACGUUGAUCGGCUGCAUAAACUCCUAUCAAAGUUCAGUGACACACGACGCCAAAAACGGUUGCACGUAAGCGUUCUUUCUAAAACUUCUUAGUUUGAAAAUAAAUGGGCAUUCGACAGAGUGGGAAAAACUCCAGGUUUUUUUUUUUUCAAUUACUCCACAUUGAUAAUCUCACUCAAUUAUGCUUAAGAAGAAGGUCAUUUCUAUAUUAGAAAUUCAUUGAAAAUUGAAAAAAAAAAUCCUUUUCGAUAUGCCAGAGAACGAACAAUCUCAACCUGCUCGAUCAGUUUUUUUUUUCAAAAAGGGACGUCUUAAAAUCAAAAAAAGUUAUCAUUAAUCGAUUGGAUAGGUAAUGUCGGGAAUUGGAAGUGUUUCUUCUUGAAAAAAUGAGAAGUUUUGCAAGUUGGUAAUUUCAGAAUCCGGUACAAAGGAAAAAAUCUCGAUUUUUCAACACAAAAAAAUGAGAUAAUCUUCAUCUUGAAAAAGUUUUACACUGAUUCGUCGUGUGAAUAGAAAAUCUAACCCGUUUUGUGUUGGCAGAAUUAAUUUCAUAUUACAAAAAACAGGGAAAUUACAUAAGAUGCCAAGUUCCGUAUGGGUUCCAAACCGCGUAUUCGUGAUCUAAGCCAGACUCGAAACGCAACAUUUUUCCUUUAACCCCAAGGUCCACUCUUUAUUUGGCACAGUUACGUGGACAGCCUGAUCAAGUGCUGGUCGGCUCCAUUCAGCACGUCUCCAUGUCGUCGGACCAACUCGGCCGACGUCUGGUGGGCCUGCGAAUCUAACCGCGUCUUCUCCCUCAACCAAUUCCCCAACUGCGGCAACACCUGCGACCGUCAGUUUCAUGACGUCACUUCGAAACUAUGACGUUUUCAGUUGUGCGAGGGCCGUUCAUGACGUCAGAGUAUCUCGACACCCACCACAAAGUCGUUGACGGAGUCCACCAUUACAAAAUCCCCGACUACGUGACAAAGAUCGACGGAAAACUUGUGACUGUAGAAGGAAAGUGGAUGAGUGAUUGA